AUGGCAGAAGCGAAGCCACUGAAUGUGUUGAUGGUGGGAACAGGGGAGUAUACCACCGGCUUCGUUGGCGGCGGUGCUUCAGGUUCAGACAAGAAGGUUGGAGUCGUGGGGUUGACUAUGUUUGAUCUUCGCCGUAGAGGGAAAGUGGGCAAGCUAGGAAUGGUGGGAACGAACGGGACCAAGUUCCCAGCAAUCCGCCAACAUCUCGACACCAACAUCUCCAAGGUCUAUAACAACCUGGAUUGCUCCUUCGACUCAUACCCAGCCAAUGAUGUGAAAGACCCGGAUUCCUACAAGACGGCCAUCGACGCCCUCCGCCCCGGUGAUGCCAUUACUAUCUUCACUCCAGACACGACCCAUUACCCCAUUGCACUGUACGCCAUUGAGCGCGGAAUCCACGUCUUGAUCACCAAGCCCGCGGUCAAGACUCUCGAUCACCACGUUCAGUUGAUUGAGGCAGCCAAGAAGCACAAUGUUUACGUCUACAUUGAGCACCACAAGCGUUAUGACCCGGCCUAUUCUGAUGCCAGGUUCAAGGCGCAGAAGCUUGGAGACUUCAACUAUUUCUACAGCUACAUGUCUCAGCCCAAGUCACAGCUCGAGACUUUCAAAGCCUGGGCUGGUAUUGACUCUGAUAUCUCAUACUACUUGAACAGUCACCACGUCGAUAUUUGCGACUCCAUGGUGUCCCAGCAAGGCUUCCUUCCCAUCAAGGUCUCAGCAUCGGCCGCUAAAGGCAUUGCAACUGGCCUCGGCUGUGACCCGAUGACUGAAGACACCAUUACCGUCCUCGUGACUUGGCAAAAACAAGGUGAUAGCAGCAAAAUUGCAACAGGCGUCUACACUGCUUCCUGGACAGCCCCACAGAAGGCCGGUGUUCAUUCCAACCAAUACUUCCACUACAUGGCCCAAGGGGGCGAGGUUCGCAUCAACCAAGCAAAGCGUGGCUACGACGUUGCAGACGACACGGCCGGUCAACUCCAAUGGUUCAACCCCUUCUACAUGCGAUACGCCCCUGAUGAGGAGGGCAACUUUAGCGGUCAGACUGGAUAUGGCUACAUCUCCUUUGAAAAGUUCGUCGACGGCUGCAAUGCGUUGAACUCGGGCAAGGCCAAGCUUGAGGACCUCGAUGCAAGGGGUCUUCCAACACUCAAGAACACGAUAGCUACUACUGCUAUCUUGCACGCGGGUCGGAUAAGUAUCGACGAGGACCGCGAGGUGAAAAUUGAGGUCAAGGACGGGGCAUGGAAGCUGAUCUGA